AUGAGGCAGAGUCUUGGGAGAGAGAAGGAGAAUGGUGAUGGCAAAACGGUUAAUAUGAGUGAUCAGAAGGGUGUUUUGGGAAGGUUAGAAGAAGUAGAGAAGCGAAUUGAGCCAAAGAUUCAUAGUCCUUUCCCAGGACGUGAGAGUUUGUUGAAGAAAGUUAUGAACAAGAGAAGGUCUCAAUGA